UUAAAAACCAACCCGUUACAAAAAGAAAAGGGCGACAUGUUUUAGCUGAGGGUUAACAAAACCCAAAAGCUUACUUUAUAACAGCAGUCCCCCAAGUCCUAACUUUAGCAACUUGAAAAACUUGCUCAGGUUUGCUUCGGCCCCACCCUCUCUGGAGAACAGAAAUUUUGAUUAGCGAAAGACUUCGUCAAUCAGUCGCAUCUUUGGAGACAAGCACUCGUCGGUCUCAACUUGUAAGGGAAUUGGGUCGCUAGCAUGGGAAUAUUGGCAUUCAUCUCUGUAUAGGCACUAGCAAUGAAGGAAGGAAUCUCUCUGCGGAUGAAGGCCUUCGUUGCUCAAACACCCCCUGGGCGGCCCAAGACUGCCUGCUGGCAAUUCACAAAGAGUGACCUCGUUGGUCCAGUCCGAGUGAAAUCAGACAGGUCAGAGGACAGACAGGGUGCUCCUCAGCUCAGAGGUCAGGCAGGGGGCUCCUCAGCUCGGAGGACAGGCAGGGUGCUCAUCAGCUCAGAGGACAGGCAGCCUCGCGCCUCCACGUCUAGUCGAAGUGAGAAGAAGACUCAUCUGCCUUCCAUUGAGGACACAGCAAGCAUUACCAACCCAGAAGACCUCCCCGAAGUCAGCAGAUUAGAAUCGCUAACCAGGGCAGGUGCCUGGGUGAGAAACACAGGUCCAUACAGUAACUUUCAAUCAAGCAGGACUCACCUUCUUCUCUCUCAAAGCCUGGGUGAACUCCCAAAUGACAACUCCCUGGACAGAGGUUCAACCAGAGAGUCUGAGCAGAACAAACCCAGCACAGCCCCUCGAAGCCUGCAGAAGAGACCAGCUGGGAACUGCCCAUGGUACAUCACAUUACUGCAUGAGAAGGAGCAGUGUUUGCUGAUGCUCGGGGAUGAAAUUAACCGACUGUCGGUGUUUGAGUUCGAAGCGGCACGAAAGGAUGAGAUGAUCGCAGUUCUCCAGGAAAAAGUGGCUGGGCUGUCCAAUCAGCUGAGCCUGGCCAAGAAUGAGGAAGUCAUCACUGCUCAGGCAGCACUGAUCCUACGCUUGGGGGGUGAAGUCAGUCGUCUCAGGAAGUUUGAAGCUGAGAUUCUGAGUAAAGACCAGCUGAUAGAAGAUCUGAGAGAGGAGAUUGAGAGUUUGACUUUGCAGCAUCACCAAUGGGAAUCCGACUUCGUGGAGCAAGAGACCGAUUGCUUGAACACUAGGCAUGAGAAUAUGGAAGUUGAAUCUGCUGGAAAUGAGAGCGAUUGCCCUUCUCAGUUGGAGUCUCAGCCUGAAAGGAGUAAAGAGGAACUAGCACAGGAGCUGCAGACAAUAAGAAAGGACUAUAUGAUUUCUACAGGCACAGUGUCUUCCUUAAGGAGGGAACUCUCUUUCCGAGAGGCAGAACUGCUGAAGGCCAGGUCUGAUCAAGACAGAUUGCAGAGGGAGUUGACGGAGAGGGUGGCACAGCUGCAUGCCAUGUCUAACAAGUUUUCCAGCUUAAGAGAUGGCAGAAAACAUGAAGAUGUGAUGUCCGAGUUGGAGAAGGAGAGCGUUAUACAGAGAAAGCAAAUUGCAGAACUGAAGCGGGAGGAAUCCAAGAGAAAUGAGCUGCUGGCCAGCUUCAAGGCUGAGAUCCAGAAGCUGCAGCAGGAGCUGGCAGCAGAGAGGGCCAGCCUCACUCAGCUACAGAAGGACCGCACAGAGAUCCAGAGCAAAGCCGCUGCCCUGCAGCAGUCAGAGCACCAGACCAAAGUGGCAGUGGAGCAGCUGCAGUCCAGGUUUGAAAGGUUCAGAGGAAAAAUAAUUCAGGCUGCCUACAUUGCUCCAGGUGCCAAGCUCCUGGUGAAUGAAGUCAGUGACAACGAGAUACUCAGCACCAUGCAGAAAAUAAUUAAUGACCGCUCUGAGUUUCACCAAAUGCUCAUACAGAAAGGAGAGAAAGUUCCAAACCUCUAUAUCACAGAGACAUCCGAAAAACAAGCCAAGCCCAGAUCACCAUCCAGGAAGAGCUGAAGCAAUCUGGCUAAUCACAAUGAUUACCGAGCAGCAGCUGCACAAUCCCAAUGGUGUCUUUCAUAAUUAAAUACAGGAGCAUGCACCUAUGCUGGUUAUUCAUCACCAAUACAGUAACACAUGUCAUAUGUGCAGGUCAGCGAGUGUCCUGUCAGUUCCUUCCCAUUCAUCCUAUUUUUGAUAAUGACAUUGUUUUUAGCAGGGAAGUCUGAGAUUUU